UUAGGCUGUGUGAAAAUGCUGAUCGCCCAACUUGGACUUUUCUUGUGUAUCCUGGGAUAUGUGGCUGCAAAAUGUCAGCAAAAUGGAGAUUCUUGUACGACCCAUUCGGAGUGCUGUUCGGCAAUGUGUUUGACCAACGUGGGUCAGUGUGCCCCAAAAAACGGAGCACUGUGGGCAUAACUAGCCUUUCUUCUUGAGCUAAAAGGGUUUUAAAAUGAAUUACAAUAAAAUAUAACUAUUAAAUACACUAAAUGAAA